AUGGAGGUACCACGGAACUCGAAUCUGCGUCGCUCGUCAAAUACACAGGAGAGAGCUCCCUUCGUUCGGAGACGCAAGCGCAUCAUCCUCUGCUUCGAUGGCACGGGCAACAAAUUCCAAGGCACGGACACUGAUAGCAAUAUCCUGAAGAUAUACCGCAUGCUUGACCGCAAUAAUGGCGAUAAACAUUACUAUCAGCCCGGAAUUGGCACUUAUGUGAACACCAAGUCUCUAUCACAUACCAGCACAAUGGCAAGAUUCCACUCGUGGUACAUGAAGGCGAAAGAUUCAGCUGUUGGGACAUCGUUUGAUGACCAUGUGAUGGGUGCAUACAAAUUCCUCAUGUCCUGCUACGAUGACGAUGAUAUAUAUUUCUUUGGCUUCAGUCGAGGAGCAUAUGUUGCAAGAUUUUUGGCAGAGAUGUUAGACCAUGUUGGUCUCCUGAGCCGAGGCAACGAGGAGAUGGCACGAUUCGCUUGGAAAUCCUUUUCGCAAUGGCAGGAACGUGAUGAGAGCACAGAUGAAGAGAAGGCCAAAAAGAAAGAGAUGCUUAGGUUUCUGAAAGCUUUUCGGGUCACAUUCGGUCGUCCUGUCAGGCGCAUCCGUUUCCUCGGUCUAUUUGACACGGUCAACAGCGUGCCCCGAUUUGAAAAUGCGUGGAUGCAGCGCAGUAAGUUUCCAUAUACAGCCAGGAGUUCUGCGAAAGUUAUACGACACGCUGUCAGCAUUGAUGAGAGGAGAGCGAAAUUUCGGCAAGAUCUCAUCUCAGAAGUUAAGGGCCCCUCAAAGCGCGAUGUACACCAACACCAUUUCCGGCACGCACGAAAGCCAAUGCCCACGGAUACACAUCGCAACGUGACCACAAACGGCUUGAAACCAAACACAGAGCCAUCAGAUCGCUUCAGACGACGAUCGAAUGCUCGAGGCACAAGCGGGGGCAGAUCCACAAGCCCAGCGCAGAGACUGCAAGGAGAACGUGGGCGACAAGAUACCCUUAGCCCAGAGACUAGUUCUCUCCGAUCAACAGCCUCAAGCUACCUUCCCGAUGAGCUUCAGGACUUUGAUGAUGAAUUGGAGAUUGAUGAAUCAGCUCAAGCCGAUAUCGAAGAACUAUGGUUUCCUGGUUGUCAUGCAGACCUGGGCGGUGGAUGGCCCGCAGGAAAAGAAGAAGAGUCACCGCUUAGCCAUGUACCAUUGGUUUGGAUGGUGCGCGAAGCGCAACGCGCUGGGCUAGAAUUUGAUGCCGAGCAAAUGGUUGAAUUGAAAUGCUGCGAUGACACCUUCAACAGCGAGGAGCUCUCGGAGGAACGUCAAGGACCAGCUCCACCAGACAUUACAGUUACGAGAUCAGACAGCGACAUGAAUAUCUUCAGCAGCCCGAAAUCUGAGAAAGAGCAAUUCGGCUGGGCUCCAGGCAUGGCCCCGGAACCGCCCAAAAAGUCGGUGUUCCACCAUACUCUCGAGGUAUCUGCCACCAAAGGCACGCUCCACGAUUGCCUUGUAUUCAACAACGGUCUCACGCAUGCUUCUGUCAUCAGCUGGAAAAUCAUGGAGUAUCUCCCCUUCCGACGCAUGGAUUUACAAGUGGACGGAAGCUGGAAAGCUAUCUCAUUCCCAUUACCCAUGGGGGAGGUAAGGGAUAUCCCAGAGGACGCUUGGAUCCAUCAUUCAGCUAUUCAGCGGAUGAAGGCUGAUCCGAAUUACCGGCCCGGCAAUCUCAUCGUGGGAGGCGGCGGUCGAGGCAUGCGGAGGGCACCAGAGGAGCUGGGGAUCGGACAGUGGGAUUUGUUGAAGAGUGAUAAUGAUCCAGUAGGGAUGGUAUAUGUCCGAAAGGGCGAAAGCUUGAACCACAAGGUCGACAAGGCGGCGGAGAGUGCUGAAAAGGGGUAG